UCCAAGGGUGAGUUGAAACACGUAUGAGAAACAACAGUGAUUGUCAUUGUAACAGCUCAUCUGGCAGUUUUAAUAUGGUUGUUGUAACUGCUCUAUGAGCAGAAGGUGUUGCCACUGCACACCAAUGUUUCAGUAACUGGGAAAUGUUCCAGUUUGGAAAAUACAAUGUGGACAUCAUAGAGAUGCUGAGUGGACACCAAGCCCAUCAGCUCAAAGGUAUUGGAUUAGAGCGACAACUACAACACCAGCAACAAGUGCAGCUUCACCAGCACCAGUUUCAACAACAGCAGCAGCAGCAAGUAGAACCUCCAGGCACUAUUUUGUCUGGUCUUGGAUUGGGCCCAUUACAAGGAUCAAGAAACAGUGCCUUUUCUGAAUCUGCAUCAAUUUUUGCAAAAAUGAGUGCACCCCCACCCUUACAGCAACAAUCACUGUCUUCAACCUCACAGAGCUCAAGAAAGUCAAGCAAAAUGUCUGGAAGCAAUAGCAGUGGAGGUCAUGUAAGUGGGUACCCUCAGUUUUUGCGUCCAUUUCAUCCAUCUGAGGCAGCUCUGGCACAAGAACAGCUGCAUCCUGGAGUUGGGCGAUUUGAUCAUUUUUCAAGCAGUAGUGGAAGCGGAGGAAGUGCAGGAGGAAUUGGACUAGUAUCAUCUGUUCCACCUCCACCUCCCCCGUUACAUCCCGGCCUCUCCAUCCCCCAAGCAUCACCAGGACCAUCCUCUUCUUCUCCAUCACCUUCUAGUUCUACUGCCAACAAUCCUUCCAGUAGUAGUGCGGUAACUUCUCUCGGUCACCAGUUGACUGGAGCUCAGUCUGAUGCAAGAAGCUUGCAUCAACAGUUUAGCUGCAUGCUUGCAGCUAAUCAGUAUUUCCUCUCUGGAGUACCAGCUAAUUCCAGCUUGGAGCAGUUUUUGGUACAGCAAGGAGGCCACAAUCAUCUCGGUCUUGGUCUGGGCCAAACAGGAAGUGAAUCAGGUUCUGGCCUUGCUCCUCCUCCUGCUCUCCACUCCUCACACUCACAUAGCCAUUCAACCACCCUGACACAACCACAGCAAGCACCCCCACAACAGCAGCAGCUACACCCUCACACUUUGUCCCAUCCUCAUCCCCAUGCACAUCCACAUCACCAUCUUCAUUCAUCUCAACCUUCCUCAUUAGGCAGUUUUGAUUUUCAAGGGAUCCCUGUCCUCUCCUCAAACCAGCUAGCAUCUUUGAUGCAGCAGGAAGCUGGCUUACCACUUCCUCUGCCUCUACAUCUCUCUCUUUCCAAGGACGAAGAAAAAGGAGACAGUUCAACAGGAGGAAGUGGCGGAGGCAGGAGAAAGAAAGCAAUGGCUGGCUACUUGCCUCAGCGAAAGGCUGACAGCAACAACAACAAUAGUAGCAGUCACAGCUCUGCAAAUACCAAUCCCAGCAACAGUAGCACCACAGUGGGUCUCAGCCACGAUACUCCAUCUGGUCUUAGUCGAAUUGGCAUGUCAGGUAUUAGAGAUCCCCCUUCCCACCUAACCUCCUCAUCUUCCUCUUCAGUCGUGUCAUCAUCUUCCUGUUCAGCCCCCACUUCCACAUCAGCAUCAGUCCUUGUGACAAACAGUUCCAAAACUGACAAUCAUAGCUCCAUGCCUUCUCGUUCAUCAGAACCUGAACCACUUUACCAUUGUGGAGAGUGUGGGAAAACAUUUACUCACCUAUCCAGUCUGCGCAGGCACUUACGCAGUCACGAGCUGACCACUGCAGGUUCAGCCGGCACAAGAAGUAACGUUGUAAACCCUGUUCUACACCCUGCUGACCCAAGUAUUCCCCACUCAACCCAAGAUGCUUCAUCAUCAUCAUCAUCAUUAUGUCUAAGUCCAGACAAGACUUUUCACUGCUCUGAUUGUGGCAAAGGUUUUAAGAAAAAGGGACACCUGCUCCAGCAUAGUGUGAUCCACUCUGGUGCACGGCCGUUUGCCUGUAGUACUUGUAGCCGUGCGUUUAAUCGGCGUGAGUCCCUUACUCGUCAUGAAAAAAUACACGAGGAAAAACCCUUCCGUUGUCCGGCUUGUGGCCGCUGUUUUCGUGAGAGCACCUCCUUGCUGAACCAUGCAGCCUCAGGCACUUGUGGCAAAUCAGGCCGAGGACCAAGGCAGAAGAGCGAUAGUAGCAACUCUGUAGUUGGUGGCAAGAACAGUAAGGCAGGGACUUCCAGUGAUGGAAUGGUAACUAGUGCAGUGGGUGAGUCACGUAUUUAUCUUACAGGAUAGUAUGUGUGUGAGCCAAAUACAGUUGUGAUGUUUAAAAUGUGUUAGGGAGAUAUCCGGAUAUGC